CCACCACUUCCUCUGCUGUCUCUCCUCCUCCAAAUUCAAAACACAUGACAAGAGUUAUACUAACUGCCAGGCAUCAGCUCUUCCUCAUACCCAGGGGUAUAGAAGAAAUAAAGCAAAAGAGAAAGGUCUGCAGAAAUCAGCUAGUACUGUAAAUGAACAUCUGGGUGUUUUAAUGCUAGCAUGGUCUGCUUGGCUGCACAGAUCUUUGACAGCCCUCCCAUCUCAGUGACAUGAUAUCCUUUUUAGAUUGUAUAGUGUAUGAACAUUUAGAUCAAGUUGUGAUGGCUUAAGCUGGUGCUGCUUCAUGACUAGACCAAAAUGGAUAUUCAAAUCAGAAUGGGCCACAGUGCCUGAGGGCAUUCAUGAUUGGUUUACCUGAGCUGCACUCAGCUCUUGUGCAUUUAAUUACAGUUCUGUAAGCAACCAGUAAACCUCACAUCAUCUGAAAAACAGCUUCUGCCUUAAUGGCUUUAAAAUUUCAUUAGCAGCUUUAGCUUUUAUGUCACCACUAGUUGUCAAUCUUUAUGCAGAAAGUAGUCUAUGGUGUGGGAUGGUAUCUAUGAUUGUACACAUACCUUUGGGAAUAACAACAAAGAGGCAUUGCUUUGUAAGGGGUCACUGAGAUCUUCUGCUUUCUUUUCCAUCCUCAUUCUGGCAGAAAUACGAUCUGACAUCCAGUGCUGUGUGUUUCACUGUUCCUUUCAUUGAGUUUUUCCUACCUUAUUAGCGUUGCUAUCAGAAGCUGUCUCAGCAAAUAGGAAAAGACAUUCACAGCACAGUGCCAUAAUGAAAAAUAAAUAUAAGAAUUCACACAGAUUAAGUUUUAGUGCAAUUUUACUUAAUGUUCUAAACCAGUCUGUCAUAUCAGUCACUCCUCUGGCAAAACCUUAAACAGGUUUUGACAUUUUUAGAAUGAAUAUCAUAGACAAUUAUUUUCAUACAUAUAUAACCUUUUACUGUAAGUUUCUCCCACGCAGACAUAAAAGAAGCAGGACAAAAGGCACAACCCAAUCUCAUCAGAUUCUCGGGUGUCACCACAAUCUUGAAUAUUUACUGGAUACUUUAUACAUGGUUGGUUUUUUUGUUUUUGAGAAUUGAAAACAAGCCAUAUACAUUUUCAUUUGCUUUAAGCCUUUUUGCAGUUACGCAGUUUCUAUGAAUAUGUAAUGUUGAUGAUCUGAAAAGGGUUUGAUUUUGAUUUAUUUACUUUAUCUUAAAUGGAAAGGGGUGUACCCCACCUCUAAUUAAGUGUUAGGACAGGCUCUAUCACCUCAUCUUAGAUGUAUAAGCACUUUGAAAAAUUUAUGAAUAAAUGGAUGAAUUAUCUAAUAUUGGCAUUUUUCAGGUAAUACAAAGCAUAUGGCAAUGCAGAUUCUUUACUUGUUCCUCAUGAGUUAGCGCUUAGUUUCUACAUGUAGUGAGAAAUUAAAAUGUCACAGAUGGCUGCUCAAGUGAGAAAUUUGGGAUAUAACAGCUACAGCUCAGAUCAGACUUUAAAGGAGAAGUUCAACAUUUUCAAUACAUGCUAUCUUUGUUUUUCUCCAAAGCCAUCUAUCCAUAUUAAAUUCAGCUAAUUAAUGUUGAAAUGAAUCAGAAACAAAUGUAUAAUAAUAAAAGAAAUGCUGAUUGCUCUUUAUCUGCUUCUCAUUUGCAACACUGUAGUCAACCAUAAAACUGACAGUAAAACCAGUGCAUCUCAAAAAGUUGUGCAUAGAUGAACAUACCUUUCAGAAGUUUUUGUAUUGUUAAUGCUUUUUUUAUUGAUCUGUAGAAAUAACUAAUACAUUAUCAGAUACUGUAUUUUCAUGAACUAUGAGCCAUUAUCAUCAAAAUUAAAACAAAAAGGCUUCGUGUUGAAUGAUUACAUGAAAAUGUAACUUUCUGAAAUAAAUUAUGAAAAAAAAAACUUUUUGAUGAUAUUCUAAUUUUAAGAGAUACACUAGUAAGAUUUGCCAUUUGGUUUUUUUCCUCUUCAAAUAUGUACGACACUCUGAGGCUAUGAAAAAAAUGGGGACAGUUACUGCAGUCACAGAUGGGCUCCUUCUGACUCUACUGACACCUCACUGAAAGGGUUCAGUUCAGUGCACCUAUCCCUCACAUCAACACAAGAUACAACAGCGUACUAAUAUGGAACUAUGCAAUUUGAGACAUGUUCACUAUGUUAAAUUUAAAGGCCACACAACCUGUGAUUCUGGAAAAUGAUAUAAUAAGCAAGUUUGAUAGAAAGCAGCAAAGAUGGCUCAAAGACUGUAAUAUCCUGUGUGCUACAGUGUGGUGAUUUUUCAUUUUCUUUGGUCAAGAAGAUGACAGUAUAGUUUGUGCAAAUAAAUACUAAGCUGCAGUGGAAAGUGCCGUUGCCUCCUGAUGAUCUGGUAAGACUCAGAAAAUAAGCCAGAAUAGUGUAGAAUCUGCUUUGUGACACGAAUGAACAAAAAAUGUGCGAAGACAUGUUCUAAAAAAAGUUUCAGACGUUUGUACAUUUCACAGUGACAAAUGAAGAAAUGUUUUCUGUAACAAUAAAUCAGUUUCAUAUUGUGAUAAAUGUUCAUUGUUGCAAGCGCUGAUGAGGCAAAUGAGGAUUGCCUUUUUGAGCAUGCAUAGCUAAUUACAACAAGCUGUAUUUACAGGAUCGGUGGAGCAGUACCGAUAGUAUUCUCAUACUUUGCGGAGGUGUUGGCUCGCGAGAAGAGAGGAGAGCAUCUGAGCUGGCUGUGCAUGUUCUGGAUGAUUGGAGGAAUUUAUGCCUCAGCCAUGGCCUGGGCUAUCAUCCCACACUAUGGCUGGAGUUUCAGCAUGGGAUCAGCCUACCAGUUCCACAGCUGGCGAGUGUUUGUGGUGGUGUGUGCGCUGCCCUGUGUCUCUGCUGUGAUAGCUCUCACUUUUAUGCCUGAAAGCCCCCGUUUCUACCUGGAGAUGGGUAAACACGACGAGGCCUGGAUGGUGCUCAAACACAUCCAUGACACAAACAUGCGUGCCCGCGGAGAGCCAGAGAGAGUCUUCACUGUGAACAGGAUAAAAAUCCCCAAACAGCUGGAUGAGCUGGUAGAGAUGCAGAAUGAGUCAGCCAACCCUGUACUCAAGGUCCUCUUCAAGAUCAGGGCUGAACUCAGAGGAAUCUGGUUGACAUUCAUGAAAUGUUUCAACCACCCAGUGAAAGAAAACACUAUGAAGCUGGCUGCAGUCUGGUUUACUUUGUCCUUUGGGUACUACGGGCUGUCUGUGUGGUUCCCAGAUGUCAUCAAGCACCUUCAAGCUGACGAGUACGCCUCCAGAGUGAAGAUUCAUAACAAUGAACGCAUUGAAGACUUCACUUUCAACUUCACCCUGGAGAACCAGAUCCACAGAAAUGGGGUCUUUGUAAAUGACAGGUUCAUCAGUAUGAGAUUUAAGGCAGUCACGUUCAUCGACUCAUCUUUUCUCAACUGCUACUUUGAAGAUGUCUCCUCAGUAGGAUCCCUUUUCAGGAACUGUACCUUUGUAGACUCCUUCUUUUACAACACAGAUAUUGAUGACACCAAGCUGACAAAUUCAAGGGUGAUCAACAGCUCUUUUCACCACAACAAGACAGGCUGUCAGAUGACAUUUGAUGACGAUUACAGUGCCUACUGGGUCUAUUUUGUCAACUUCCUGGGAACGUUGGCUGUGCUUCCUGGAAACAUUGUCUCUGCUCUCCUCAUGGACAAAAUAGGACGCCUAAGCAUGUUAGGAGGUUCCAUGGUGCUAUCAGGCAUCAGCUGCUUCUUCCUUUGGUUUGGCACCAGCGAGUCAAUGAUGAUCUUCAUGCUCUGUCUCUACAACGGCCUCAGUAUCUCCGCCUGGAACUCCCUGGAUGUGGUCACCACUGAACUAUACCCAACAGACAGGAGGGGCACAGGAUUUGGCUUCUGUAAUGCUAUGUGUAAGCUGGCAGCGGUGCUGGGCAACCUGAUCUUUGGCUCUCUGGUUGGCAUCACCAAGGCCAUUCCCAUUCUGCUGGCAUCAUCGGUGUUGGUUGGCGGCGGGCUAGUGGGGCUCCGACUGCCAGACACACGUGCCAAUGUCCUCAUGUAAACCUCACCACAGAACAGUAUGUUGUUUACCAGGUAUUUUCUCAGUUUACUGAAUAGCAACAUAUUUACAGAAAGUGAUUUGUUAAAAUAUUUUUGAAAUGCGCUUUGCAGUUUGUUUUUUAUUUACUUUUUUCCAUAAAAUAUGCGGAAUAUGUUCACAAACUCAGAUUCAUGAUGAGUUUUAUUAUUCUGUUUUUUCUGAGAGAAAUACCUGGUAAAUUAGGAUAAUGAAAUGCAGUUUUGCAGAGCAGUAGGUGUACAGAGGAGCUUCAUUUAGAAUAUUAAAUGUUAUGCCAGUGGCUUUUUACCAGAGCUAUUGGCAUUCUUGCAGGAAUUUGGAGG